GGGCUCAGGCCGUCGCUGGUUUGGCCUCUCGAGCAGAGUUGCGAGGAGCCGCCCGAUCGCGGGGCAGCGGCCCCAUCUUUAUUUCCUUUGACAGAAACUGCGUGUUGCCUGACGCCCGUGGGUGUGCUCAGGGCAGCUGCGAAGUUUGCCUGCCUUCUGACUGACUGCACGCCUGCUGGUGCCUCGGGGCAGGGUGGCGGGUGGCGGGGGAGGAGUAACCAAGUUUCACUUCCUUGCCGGUGGGGACUCAGCCCAGUGGCUGCUCUGCGGGGAGAGCUGAGGAGCAGGGCCUUCCUCGCCCCGUGCCACCGCGCCCGCCGGGCCUGGCGGACAGGAGGAGCGCGAAUGGGCAGAGCGGAAUCUCUGGAAGGGAAGAUGAGCGCCCAGGACCCUUCAGACCUGUGGAGCAGAUCGGACGGAGAGGCUGAGCUGCUCCAGGACCUGGGGUGGUACCACAGCAACCUCACACGGCACGCGGCCGAGGCGCUCCUCCUCUCCAAUGGGUGCGACGGCAGCUACCUUCUGAGGGACAGCAACGAAAGGAUCGGGCUGUACUCUCUCUCUGUGAGAGCCAAAGACUCUGUCAAACACUUUCACGUUGAAUAUACCGGAUAUUCAUUUAAAUUUGGCUUUAACGAAUUCUCAUCUUUGAAGGAUUUUGUCAAGCAUUUUGCAAAUCAGCCUUUGAUUGGAAGCGAGACAGGCACGCUGAUUGUUCUGAAACAUCCCUAUCCCAGAGAAGUGGAAGAACCUUCCAUUUAUGAGUCCGUCCGGGUUCACACAGCGAUGCAGACAGGAAGAACAGAAGAUGACCUGGUGCCCACUGCGCCUUCUCUGGGCACCAAGGAAGGGUACCUCACCAAACAGGGGGGCCUGGUCAAGACCUGGAAAACAAGAUGGUUCACUUUGCACAGGAAUGAACUGAAGUACUUCAAAGACCAGAUGUCACCAGAACCAAUUCGGAUCCUAGACUUAACAGAAUGUUCAGCUGUACAAUUUGAUUAUUCACAAGAAAGAGUAAACUGUUUUUGCUUAGUAUUUCCAUUCAGGACAUUUUAUCUCUGUGCAAAGACAGGAGUAGAAGCUGAUGAGUGGAUCAAGAUAUUACGCUGGAAAUUGUCUCAAAUAAGAAAACAGCUUGACCAACGGGAAGGCACCAUCCGAUCUCGGUCCUUCAUCUUUAAAUAGACCUUUCUUGACGACGGAUGCCCUGGCCCAGGAGCAGCGUGGGAUGCUCCCUGAUGCUGUGAUCCAUAGCAGGCUCCAGCCAAGCUGACUAAGGAUUUUUCUUUACAAACAAAUCAAAAGCAGAUGCUGAUUUGGACCUUUCAGAACACAGCACAUUUGCUGGCUCAAGGAAAACUGCUGCCGCUCGAGAUGUUGUCAUCUCCUUGAGAAUACCAGCCAUCAUCGUUCUGAUGGCAACCGACGACAGCCCCACGCCGGGUGUGCUCACUCUUAGAACACAAUGUAAGAUAAACGGGUUUUGUUUUCCCUCAUUGUGGUCCCCAAGCUGGCUGACAUUACCCGAAGUCCCACUCUGCGGCACGGGUGGCUGUCCUGACGGCCAGGUCGCGCUGAUAAGCAGGAAGGAAACAACUGCACACUGUGAGGCUUAGGCUGCUUCUUCAGAAAGUACAUCGAGACAGCAAACAUCGACGAUUUGGGGGCAGUGUCUGUUUUUGCUUUUUCUAAUCCUUUAUAUAGAAAAACAAAACAAUUUCCAAAACUGAAAUGGAAAAUGUUUGCGCUAUUUAUUUUCUCGUUGUAGAAGGCUCAGAAAUCCAGUGGGUCCUUCCUUCCCUUCUAAUGAUAAACCUGUGAGAACUAAAUGUCCUAUUGGUGAUUAAGUAGGAUGAUAAAGAUAAAGGAAGGUACAAUCUAAAAAACUCCUCUUUUAAUCAUUUUGUGGGAAAUGUUUUAAGAUUGAGAAAACAUAAAUCAUGGAAGGGUAAUAAUGUAGUAGAUAAGUUUAAUAAUAAUUAUUAUUAUAACUAACAAUAACUAUAAUAAUAAUUAUUAUUACAUCUCUAACAACAAUAGAGCACUUGUAAGCACUAAGUUAUCUUCACACAACAUUUCCGCAAACAGCCUGAAAGAGACUUCUCAAGGAGAGUGUCUUAGGACAAUCUCUCCUGGAGCGAGCUGUAGGGUUGGCCCAAGAGGAGGAAGAACCACUUUGCACUGAGAUGCUGAGCACCCUGCAUCUUAUUCAGGAGCAACUUCUGCUGCCAGCUGAGGGAGCAACACUAAAUGCGCAUGCGAUGUCUAAUGAGGUGUUUGUCACAUGGCAUUUUCAAACUAGGGUAAGGCGAUUGAAACAGGAGAAUGAGAUCCUGGCAUCCAGAGCUCAUGAAUAGGUUCUAAUCCCUUCUAUUAUCUUUGUUAAUACUGCUUUUUUUUUUUUUUUUUUUGAGGAAGGCUAGCUGUGAGCUAACAUCUGCCGCCAAUCCUCCUCUUUUUGCUGAGGAAGAC